AUGACUACUCUUCCGGCACACUGUCCACAAGAGCUCUGGCAGUUGAUUCCCACAAUCGCAUCAGUCGCUCGUAUUGUCCUACAGGCUAUGAUAUCGGCAGGUGCAAAUAUUGACUCGAAAUAUCAGAUUUGGGACGAGUGUGAGCCGUUGUGCAAUAGUCCGCUCUUCAGGAACAUGUUGGCGAAUGCAGUAAAAUCCCAAGAUUUCUCUGAAGUACUUCGCCUAAGGAUACUUCAACCCAAGAAGGUGAAUAUGAGGUUUAGUGAGGAUGUCAAGGCUUCUGAAAAACUAGCUACCGAGCAUGCUUGGAGGCUGCCCUUUGAAGGUCAUUACCAUCAGGUGUUGCUUCGUACCAUCAGCAACAUGAGCGAACACGUACGAUUGAACCAAUCGUAUGCCAACUAUCUGCCUCUGGUCCAAAGCUCUGGGACUGGAAAAUCUCGGACGGUCGAUGAGCUUGCUAAAUCAAUUUUUACGAUCCCAUUCAAUGUCCGUGACGCGGCUGCGAACAUAGGCUAUGCAUAUCCUCCCUCGGACACAUCGAUUGUGGCCUUUCUUAUACAUACGCAUUUUGCGACAUGGGAAGAUGCGCGCAACAAUUACUGCGUAUUUUUCGAGACGCUCUUCUCGAAGAUUCUUAGUUGGCUCAACAAUAAAUGGCCAGAUGAGAUGUUCGACACAGCUCAGGACCUUGCGUUCGCCUGGCGGAGGGAGCUGGCUCGCAACACACAAGGUCAAUGCACGCGCGAGGAGUUGUAUGCAGAUGUUGUACGAGUCGCUACCAUGCAAAUAGGCAACGUACGUGACUUAGACGCCGAGAUGACAACGCAGCUCGAGAAACGCGCUUCCAAAGCUGGAGAGGAACUAGUAUCCUGGAUUAAGAUCCAUGUGGUAGGAAAUCAGUCACAGUCGCCGACGAUGAUUUUAUACUUUGAUGAAGCCCACACUCUGACAAACGCCACAAUUAGUGCAGCAGAAGGGGGAAUGUCAAAGUCGCGGUUUGAUGCACUUACGUCUGCAUUGAAUUGCUUCCUUGGUGUUCGACUAUUCGCCAUUGUCUUGUCGACUAAUUCGCGCAUGCAUGGAUUCUCCCCAGCACAAGAGAAACAUCCAUCAGACCGUGUGCGCAGAGUUGCACGGGAUUACCUCCAGGCGCCGUAUACCGAGCUCCCUUUCGACUGUUUGCAGGACGAUAAACCUUUCAUCAAAGAUAGACAGUUCACACUUAGUGAAGCCUGCGAUCUUUCAGUUGUCUGUCGAUUUGGACGCCCCCUGUGGUUGGCGCUGUACAAACAAGGUAAUCUGGACGUCCGCAACUCGCUGAUCAGCUUUGCUCUUUCGAAGUUGACCGGAUUCGACAAUUACUACGUCGAGGCAGGGAAUCCGACCCAGAAAACGCUGAUACAGUUGUCAGUGUUAAGCUCCCGCUUGUUACUGGACAUGGAACCCCGUCGGGAAUAUGCCAGACAUCUAGAAACUGGAAUGGUGGAGGGGCACAUGCGUAUUGCCUACAGCGUUCCUAAGCAUCGGCAGUAUAUGCGUUCUGGGUAUCCUUCUGAGCCUAUCCUCGCGGAGGCUGCUGCGCAGGUGAUGGAAAUGUGGCAAGGGACGGGGAAGGAGGAGGAAGUAGAAGGGGAAGAGAAGAGGAAAGAGAGCUGGAGAGUUUCAGACAUUCUCAGUCAGCAUGUGCGCGAUGGCCUUAUCUCAAAGGGAGAAAGAGGGGAGCUUGUAGCUCGAUUGAUACUAAUCCAAGCUUUCGACGCCGCUUCCAAGAAGGCGCGGGCGAACAAAGGCAACGACGACGACGAGAGGAUUGACCGGCCUGUUCGCUUGCUUGACUUCUUGGAGGCUCUUUUUGGCAAGACGCACAUGGAAGCGAUCAAGAGCAGUCGUCCGGACAAUCAACCUCAAGGGACAACGCUCGCAGAGGCAUUCGAAGACGCGUACGUGCGGUUCACACAUUUCGCGAGGAACGAGGACGAGACGGUCACCAAUACGUAUGGAGUGUGGGCAGCAAUUAUGCGCGGGAUGGCAAUGCAAUGCAGCUCAAACAAUCCUAUCAUCGACAUCAUCAUUCCGAUUAUCCUUCGAAACGAGAAGCUCACAGAGAACAUCAUGACAGCGAUGCUUAUACAGGUCAGGAACAGGGACACGCAACAUGCUUGGGUCAUUGACCAGGCAGAGCUGAACCGAAAACAUGGUUUCUUUCCGCCCAGCAAGGACGACAAACGCCCUUAUAUUACUCUGGUAAUGCAAUUGGGAGUGGAGACAGCGAGUUCAAAGCGGCAAUACUAUGAUACCGCCAUGGCUAACCCCCACUCAUCGCCAUCCAAACUGCAGACUUACAAAGGACACUUCCGCAGCUUCCGGAGUAAGAAGUUGACGGAAGACCCUGGCUUGAGCGAGAUCGGCCAUCCGCGUUACGCCAUCAACGUCACGGGCUGUUCGCCCAGUGUAUACGCGGUUGUCGACAGCAAAGCAAAUUAUGCCUAUCUCCUUGGGGGCAGGGACCUGUACGAGGAGCACCCGCGACAAGACCCAGCGAACUUGAGCCUUGUUCAACGUUUGAAACCAACCUGGACUCUCGACAACCACUGCUACGAUUGGAUAGACAAUGCGCUUCUUCGAAACAAGGUUCCUGGUGGCCUUCGAUCUAGUGAUGCUCCCCAGUUGGACGAUGGCGCUUUGCUGGUCGGUCGUGCCGCAGUUACACUAUAG